AUGAAGUUCGCAAAAGUCUUGGAACAAACGCUCCAGGAACAAGACCUUCCUCCAGAAUGGAUUGCAGCUGCUAUACAGUACAAGGUUUUGAAAAAAUGUAUUUCAAAAGUGGUGAAAGAACUCGCCUUUUUGGGCCUUUCACUGGCCGACAUGAAGCUCUUACUUCGAGACGAGGCCCAAGAUAAGACUGUCGAGAUGUUCCAUAACGAGGCGACUCCUGACAACCCGAUCGUCGCGCACUAUACCCUCAAAAAAUCGAAAAACAAUGUCGUUUCGUACCUCAAGAUCGUCUUGAACGAGAAGGGAGAUGAACAGUAUUCGAAAGACCACAUUCACAUGUUGGCCGCCGAAAUUAGACGUAAGCUUGCCUCUUUGGUCCACUCUGACGAUGACGAGGAGAGACAUAUCAUCGAGGUGAAAGAGGAUGACGAACAGCACUUGGUGCUCUCUCCUCAAAGAUCACACAAUAACGACGAGAUGGAGGAUAUUGUGCGUGUUGAGAACGACAACGAGAUUGUGGUGAUGCUCAACUCGGACCUGACAUUCUUCAAAAUGUUGAAUAGUGAACUCCAGAGUCUUGACGAUAUCCGCCAGAAGGAAGAGGAGUUUCUACUCAGCCAAAUAGACAAGCUCAGCGAUAACGUGGUGGCGCUCACAAAGAAGCGCUCGGACUUGUAUGUGUGGCGUGAGUUUUUCCGCAUCUACCUUGACUCGGAGGUGUUUUUCCGCUACAACGAGACGUCUCUGUUGGCGCUGGAGAGAACCGGCGACCAGGUCAAGAAGAAUCUCGCAGAGUUUAAUUCGCGGGUCCAAAAGGGCCAGAUCAUCGAGAGAUUGAACAAGAAGACCGGCGUGGCCGCAUGUGAGCAGUUCAUGGCCAUGAAUAUGCGUCUCUUGAAGAUGCUUCAGUUCCAAGCCAUCAAUGCUACUGCGCUCAAGAAAAUUCUCAAAAAAUUCGACAAACAGACUUCGCUCAACGUUUCUGGGCGGUUUCCUGACCUUAUACUGAAGGAUCACAUCUUCAUCCAUGGCUCUUCUCUCACUCAAAACAUCUGCUACAUGAUCCAGAACAAGCUCUUGCGACUCAUUCCCCAGAUCGAAGACUAUACAUGCCCCAUCUGUAUGUCGGUAGCAUUUAAGCCCAUCCGGCUCUCGUGUUCACAUAUCUUUUGUGUCCGGUGCUUGGUUAAAAUGAAGCAGAGGGGCAAGACAGACUGUCCCCUCUGUCGUCUGGCUCACGCCAUUGAAUUGGCAGAUUCAAGCAACCUUGAUGUGGAAGCUUUGGAAUUGAUCAAGAAAAAUUUCCCAAUCGAGGUGAAGGAGAAGUUGCGGGAGAUCGACAAAGAGAAGUAUGGAGAGGUGGUGAACCACAAGAACUGUGUGAUAAUGUGA